UUUUCCACGCUUGAUGAGAAUUGCCGAGGCACAGCGAAGCCUGCAGCUUCCAUACCUGCCAUGAAAGCAAAUAACUUAUUCGUAAACCUAAGCACUUAAUUAACUAAAUGGAAAGCAAGGCAGUGAGUGAUUCCUGACAUGGCUGAAUUUAAGUCAAGCUGUGAAGCUCCAGGUACAGCCAGAAAUGGAGAUGGACAACUUGAACUGAACCCUGAGAGCUUCUAAAGGGCUUUGGACCACUGCUUCUCAGCAGUUUUUCUUGCCUGCCUAGGAAUCAGUGAUGAACCAUGUCAGCAAGCUACCGUCUUCAGAAAAAUGGUGACUCAUUGGCAGCUCUUCAGAACCCGAAACACAUCACUGAGAAUGAAGAGAGUGGAAUUAGUUCCUGGUUUCCUGCAGCCGUGGAUUCCGUGUGCUAAACUCAGCAAACCUUUGUGAGAUGAGGAUGUGGCAUCCUACUGCAGGGAGGCUUGGGCCAUUGCAAUCUGACCAGUGCCCAGCCCUGCCUGAUACCCAGGAAAUUAGCAAGAAAGCCUGGACCCCGGGUGAAACGGAGAAAUGGACAUAAGUCCCCAGUGUUUCUCCAUUCUCUUGGUUUUAUGCAUCUUUAUCCAACCAAGUGCCCAUGGACAAAGCCUGAAACCAGAGCCAUUUGGAAGAAAAGCUCAAGCUGUUGAAACAAACAAAACGCUGCAUGAGACGAAGACCAGAUUCCUGCUCUUUGGAGAAACCAAUCAGGGCUGUCAGAUUCGAAUCCAUCAUCUGGACACGUUACAGGAGUGCGGCUUCAACUCCUCCCUGCCUCUGGUGAUGAUAAUCCACGGGUGGUCGGUGGACGGCUUACUGGAAAACUGGAUCUGGCAGAUGGUAGCCGCGCUGAAGUCUCAGCCGGCCCAGCCAGUGAAUGUGGGGCUAGCGGACUGGAUCACCCUGGCCCACCACCACUACACCAUCGCCGUCCGCAAUACCCGCCUCGUGGGCAAGGAGGUCGCGGCUCUUCUCCGGUGGCUGGAGGAAUCUGUUCAAUUCUCUCGAAGCCAUGUUCACCUCAUUGGGUACAGCCUGGGUGCACACGUGUCAGGAUUUGCCGGCAGUUCCAUCGGUGGAACGCGCAAGAUUGGGAGAAUCACAGGGUUGGAUGCCGCGGGCCCUUUGUUUGAGGGAAGUUCCCCCAGCAAUCGUCUUUCUCCAGAUGACGCCAAUUUUGUGGAUGCCAUUCACACCUUUACUCGGGAGCACAUGGGCCUGAGCGUGGGCAUCAAACAGCCCAUAGGGCACUAUGACUUCUAUCCCAACGGGGGCUCCUUCCAGCCUGGCUGCCACUUCCUAGAGCUCUACAGACAUAUUGCCAAGCACGGCCUCAAUGCCAUCACGCAGACCAUAAAAUGCUCCCACGAGCGAUCAGUGCACCUUUUCAUCGACUCCUUGCUGCAUGCUGGCACGCAGAGCGUGGCCUACCUGUGCAGCGACAUGGACAGCUUCAGCCAGGGCCUGUGCCUGAGCUGCAAGAAGGGCCGCUGCAACACGCUGGGCUACCACGUCCGCCAGGAGCCGCGGAGCAAGAGCAAGAGGCUCUUCCUCGUGACGCGAGCCCAGUCCCCCUUCAAAGUUUAUCAUUACCAGUUCAAGAUCCAGUUCAUCAACCAAACUGAGACACCAAUACAAACAACUUUUACCAUGUCACUACUCGGAACAAAAGAGAAAAUGCAGAAAAUUCCCAUCACUCUGGGCAAAGGAAUUGCUAGUAAUAAAACAUAUUCCUUUCUUAUCACGCUGGAUGUGGAUAUCGGUGAGCUGAUCAUGAUCAAGUUCAAGUGGGAAAGCAGUGCAGUGUGGGCCAAUGUCUGGAACACGGUCCAGACCAUCAUCCCAUGGAGCACAGCGCCCCGCCACCCAGGCCUUGUUCUGAAGACGAUCAGAGUUAAAGCAGGAGAAACCCAGCAAAGAAUGACAUUUUGCUCAGAAAACACAGAUGAUCUACAACUUCGCCCAACCCAGGAAAAAAUCUUCGUGAAAUGUGAAAUAAAGUCUAAAACAUCAAAGCGAAAGAUCAGAUGAGAUUUAUUGAAGACCCCGUGGAAACAAUAAAUGAAUCUUACUCCUUA